AUGUCGAAGCACUGCUAUUCCGAAGCUGCCAAGGAUCCGGAAAUGCAGGGGAUAUAUAGUAAUGCUUCGAGUUUAAACGCUAGACCGAGUAACUCAAGCACUCUGAACCAAACCAUGAAUGUUUUAAGACCGAGGAAGCGCAAAGAUUCAACCUUCUUACAAUCACCAUGGAACAAAGUCUAUCUGCAACCUUCAGAGUUAUGUCACAGCAUCAGUGUGUCAGAACAAGAGUGGGCCCUUGCGGCAAAUACACUCUGUGAGAAGAUCGAUCCAAAUGAGGUGGUCUCUCCUUCAAAGAAGAGGCUUGUUUUCUCCACAAAUCUUAUGCAACAACUUCUCCAACCAGCACCAACGUUUGUUUUCUCGGACAUCAAGUCAGCUUUCAACUACGAGAUUAUGCUUUACUUUGAGUCCAGAAUCACCCUCGCUGAUGCAUGUUCUCUCACGUGCCACUCGGAUUUUGAUAAGAGCACAAAUUUCUUUUUUUUUUUGCUCAUUUCCCUUACUUUUAAUACGUCUAGUGAUCAGGAAAGAGAAUAUAGUGCACUUGUCAAAGCUUUCAUGGAGAAGUUGCAACACCUCGAAGAGGACUUCCAAAGCUGGGAGAGUGCCACAUCGAUAUUAGACAUCAUCUUAGAAAUCCAAGACAUUGAAAGAUUCUCGGUGAUAAACCGUCUGGCCAAGUUUCAUAGCCGUGCAAAGACCAAUACUAAAAGAUCAGUUCCUCAGAGAUACGUUGAAUUACAAAAGCCAGGGAACCUACCUGAGCCACUACAGUGUCUUCCUCUGUGA